AUGUCCAAUUCAAAACAUGCGUCAGAAAGAAAAACACCCGAAGAACAUAUCGAUUACUGUUUACAAUUUAAUCGAUGGUUUCUCAAACCAAUCGGUGCGUGGCCACAAAUAAAUGCACCGAAUCUAGGGUGCAAAAUCAUGAUAUUACUGCAAAUUUUUAUUUGUUCAAGCAUAAUAGCUAUCACAACGAUACCAUGUAUCUUGUAUACGUUAUUUGAAGCAGAGAAUAUUCAACAAAAACUGAGUACCAUAACACCAUUGCUCAACAGAUUUAUUAGCUCGAUGCAUUACUGGGUGUUGCUAAAGCGCAGUGUUGAUAUUCACAAAUUAAUACGACAUAUGGAGACCGACUGGAAUCUUGUGCAAAGGAUCAGCGAACGUGAAGUGAUGCUACAACAUGCCAAGUUUGGCCGUUUCGUUACUAUAAUUUGUGGGAUAAUGAUGCAGGGCGGUUGCCUAUUAUUCGGCUUAGGCCAAUCAAUGAGAACUGCUACUAUCACCAUCGGCAAUGAGACUUUUACAACGCAUCCGACGACGUGUCCGAUUUACAGCAAAAUCAUCGAUACCAGAUUUACUCCUCUAAAUGAAAUCGCGAUAGUUCUGCAAAACGUGAUAAUAUUAAUAUUAAGUUUCUGUACUGCUGGUGGUUGCAGUCUAGCUGCUGCCUUCGCGAUACAUGCUUGUGGUCAGUUAAACGUGCUGUACACGUGGCUACAUGAAUUAGUUGAAAACCAAACGAAGAAAAAUGAUAAAGCUGAACAAAAACUGGCUGCUAUCGUAGAACAUCACCUAAGAAUAUUGAGUUUUAUAUCACAACUAGAAAGUAUUAUGCAUAAACCAGCUUUUGUGGAAUUAAUAGGAUGCACGACAAUAAUGUGCUUGUUAGGAUAUUAUAUUGUUACGAUUUGGGAAACACUUGAUAUGACAAAACUAAUAUCUUACCUUUUUCCAUAUUUAUCAAUGAGUUUCAAUAUUUUUAUAUUCUGCUACAUUGGAGGAAUUGUCACAGAACAGUGCAAACUUGUCGGAGAAAUGGCAUAUAUGACUGAUUGGUAUAAUCUACACCACACAACUGCACGUGGUCUCAUUCUGAUUAUUGCCCGAUCGAAUAACGUAAUUAAGAUCACAGCGGGAAAAUUAUUUCAUUUAUCCAUCGCUACUUUUGGUGACGUAAUUAAAACAUCGUUCAUAUAUUGCAAUUUUUUGCGAACACUGACUAUGUAA